CCGAGAUAGCCGAUGUAUCACGAUUGCUCCGAUUUAUGGAAUAAAUCGUCUGCUGAUCCAGAGUUGGCAGACGAGUCGUUUUUAACCUUAACAGCAACAACAAACUCAAAUACUUGUCAACUUAUGAUAACUCAAACACAUCUGGUGCUGGAUACUGUUCACCUACAGAAGCCUUCGAGAUCAUGGCAUCAAUGUCGUGUGAAGUGAAUUUUAGGGUACGGUCAAAGACGCGACCGGGUGAGACUGUGUGCCUAGUAGGAGAUACCCCAGAGCUCGGGGGUUGGGACCCUCACCGCGCUGUGAUCUUGCACUGUGAGAUGGGGAGGCCCAAUGAGAGCAAAUUCUGCCCUGAGGAGCAUUCUGAGGAAGGUGACAUCUGGUCAAAGAGCGUACACCUGGAAGGGUCUAACAUCCAGCACUAUCGCUACUUCAUCUGUCGCCUACACCAGUCAGACAGGGAGGGUGACUGUCGUAGAGUUCUCGUCAGGGAGUGGGAAGGACACAUCCGCCCCAGACGGGUUUCACUGACAGAGGAAAUAUCCAAAGCAUCAGAGGGUGAUAACAAGCUGAUUGACGUCUUUGGGCAUUACGAUGGUUUGCAUGUGAUCAAUCGCGGCUGGCUGAUAGAUCAUGUGGAGAUACAGUUACAGCUAGAAGGGGAGGCGAUCCAGAUGUGGAAGUCUAAACACAAGGAGCAGUUGUACAGUAUCAAGUGCACACCAAUCGAUAACAGCUGCAGAAAGACAAAGGGGGGCACGUUUGAUUGCGAGCCAAUUGGAGACACUCUACCUCAGAGUAUACCUACAGAGAUUGAAGUGUCGUUUUUGGAGAAGGGCAAGUCCAAGCCUCGACCCCAGUUAGCAUUCGGGGCCAUCUUCCGGCCUGACGGAUUCAUGACGUUUUACGCUCAAACCUACGACCCAGAAUCACUGGGAUUUCAUCUUGAUUUCUAUGUACAUUCCUCUCCUGCUGGCACUGAUAGGGAGCCGGAACACGUGGGGUCCAGCUUCAUCCUUCCCAUCGACCUCCAGAAUGCACGGGGGGAGCAGAAAGUGCCCAUAAACGGGCUUUCAAAUAUGCCCAUAGGAAUUCUCAGUUUUAAGUACCUGAUAGUAAAGCCGAUGUGCGGGGGUCCAGGGUUCGACAUGAGGCGGACGUUCCAAAGCUAUUUGAAGACCACGCGGAGACCGCUCGAUGUCGGACAUCGAGGGCUGGGCAGUUCAUACAAAAGUAAAAAAUUGGCCACCAUGCGAGAGAACACUAUCGGGUCCUUCCAAGGUGCAGCAAACCAUGGUGCAGAUUUUGUAGAGUUCGAUGUGCACCUCACCAAGGACGAAGUACCUGUGAUAUACCAUGAUCUCAAAGCGUUAAUCACCUAUAGAAAGAAGAAAAGUGAGGAGCUGGAAUUAUUUGAGAUACCAGUGAAAGACCUGAUGUUUGAUCAACUCAGAAAUAUGAAGCUUUCGCAUCCCGCCUUGCAAGCAGAGUAUAAGUAUGAGGGUAUCCAUGACAAUGACCUUGACACCGUUGACCUUCAGCCCUUCCCAUCCCUGGAGCAGGCCUUUCAGAGUGUGGACAUACACACGGGCUUCAACAUCGAGGUCAAGUUCCCACAGACAAAAAUUGAUGGGACGGGCAAUCUCAGUGGCUACUUCGACAUGAACAGAUUUGUUGACAUCAUCCUGGCGUCAGUGUUCAAGAAUCACAGUGGCCGCCGUAUCAUCUUCUCGAGUUUCGAGCCUGAUGUGUGCACCAUGCUCCAACUCAAGCAGAACGUCUACCCAGUACUUUUCUUGAGUCAGGCUUGCACCACCCGCUACGUUCCCUAUGCCGGUAUCAAGAACCAGAGUGUCGUCAUGGCAGCAGAGUUUGCCCUCAGUGCAGGCCUGCUGGGAGUUGACUUGGUGUCUGAUAUCCUGGUCAAUGAGAUGUGGCUCAUCAAAUACAUCAAGGAUGCAGGCCUCGUUCUGUUUGUGUGGGGAGAGGGCUGUAACGACAAGUCCGUCAUACAGGAAUUCAAGGACAACAAGGUGGAUGGGGUGAUUUUUGACAGAAUCGACUUCUACAAGACCGGUGAAAAGGAAAGCAUUUUCAAAAUAGAAGAAAGGCAAAAGUGCAAGUAGAGGGUGUGGUAUCUGUCUGAUGAAUCUCACAGUUCAGGAAGGGAAUCUCUCAACCAAAUGCUUUUAGUUUAGUACAUUUAUUGUUGUAAUAGAGACAUGGUUUUAUUGAAUGGUCGAGUUACUCGCACACUGUUCUGGUUUUAUGCUGUUUGCACGUAGCCAUUUUUACUUUGGCUCUGAGUGGGAAAGCGUUAAUCUCCUGGUGAGGUAAUAUAGAUGUUGUUGUUUAUAAUGCUGCAAACAUGCUUUUAGUGCUUUUAGUUAUUGAUUUUGUUGUAACUUAUUCAAGUUAUUUGAUAUUAAUUAUUUUUAAAUUUACCAUGGUGAAACGUCAAAAGCCUUAUUUCCUCAUUUGUACUAUAGAGGUUCAAUGUUAUUUCUAUGUUCUAUUAAGUAUUUAUUAUUUAUUAGGUAUUAUUAGGUAUCGUGUAUGUAUUUGGUGCUUAUGUCUUUGAUAACUUUUCACAGAGCUGGCGGCUAGCCUAGUUGAUAUUGCCCUUAACUGUCAACCCAGAAUUCCUUACUUCACCCCUGGUCUCUCCAUGUAACCUGUGUGUGAUUGGGUCACAGCUUUUUAUCUGUUUGAUAUGAGCAUAUUGGUAUCAUUACAUUAAAGGGGCCUUUUCACAG